AUGGCGGCUACAGAGUCAACAGCAGGCCCCGAGUUUACGGCCAAGGAGGUUGCCGCGCACAGAGAAGCAAACGACUGCUGGAUGGUUAUUCACGGCGAAGUCUACGAUGUCUCAAAGUACCUCCACGACCACCCCGGUGGCGCAGAUGUCCUCAUCGAGGCCGCUGGCGUCGACGCCUCAGAAGCCUUCGACAACGCAGGCCACUCCGAAGACGCCUACGAAAUCAUGGCCGACUUCAAGGUUGGCAAGCUCAAGGGCGUGAACAAGCGCUCCGCUCCCAAGGCCGUCCGCCUCCAGCCCAAGGCCGCCCCCGAAAAGAAGACUUCCUCCGCCUCCGGCUCAGCAGCCCGCGUCGCUUCCCAAGCCGCCGCCGCCGCCCUCUUCAUCGGUCUCGGCGCCGUCGCCGCCCGUCACGCCUCCUCCACUCCCGCCGGCCAGGACGCCAUCGCCGCCAUCCAGAGACUCAACAUCCAGUUCCCCGCAUGGCUCUCUUUCGGCAGCGGCGCCGCCCGCUCCAAGCGCACCGGCUUCGGCUUUAUGGAGGGCUUCGCAGUCGCCUCGGCCUUCUUUGCCGUCGCGGGCUCCAUCGCCGCAAAGGAAGCCUCCAAACUCCUCCACUACGAGCUCACGCCCAUGCACUACCGUCCGCACAAGAAGAUCCCCAAGGUCGCCAAAGCAAACCCCCUCAACCAGCGCGGCUGGCUCGACCCCGUCUCCUACCACCCUCUCCCGCUCGUCGAAAAGACCCUCCUCGCCCCCAACGUCUACCGCUUCGUCUUUGAGCUCCCGACCCCGACCACGGUCCUCGGCCUGCCCAUCGGCCAGCACGUAGCCAUCAAGGCCGAGAUCGACGGCAAGUCCGUCUCCCGCUCCUACACGCCCACCUCCAACAACGCCGACCUCGGCAAGCUCGAGCUCGUCAUCCGCUGCUACCCCGACGGCGCCCUCACCGGCAAGUACCUCGCUAACCUCGAGGUCGGCGACGAGGUGCAGUUCCGCGGGCCCAAGGGCGCCAUGCGCUACCGCCCCAACCUGGCAAAGAAGAUUGGCAUGCUCGCCGGCGGCACGGGCAUCACCCCCAUGUACCAGCUCAUCCGCGCCAUCUGCGAGGACGACCGCGACACCACCGAGGUCAGCCUCAUCUACGCCAACCGCUCCGAGGCCGAUAUCCUGCUGCGGGACGAGCUCGAGGCGUUUGCGAGAAAGUACCCCAAGAACUUCAAGCUGCACUACCUCCUCGACUCGCCGCCCGAGAACUGGGCCUACGGCACCGGAUACGUCACGCAGGAGAUGAUGGUUGAGCGGUUCCCCGCUCCCGGUCCGGAGUCCCGCGUCAUGCUCUGCGGCCCGCCUGGCAUGGUCAACGCGGCCAAGAAGUCGUUGACGAACCUCGGCUUCGAGAAGCCUGGUGCCACUUCCAAGAUGUCUGAUGCCGUUUUCUGCUUCUAA